AUGCCGUCCACCGAACACAACGAACCCUUUGAGGAGGGCAAGGAAAACUCCCACAGCCAGACUGAUCCCAAGGAUCAGCGCUCCAUUGCCAACAGACUAGCCGCGGAAACGCGAGCCAGCGAAGAGGGCGACGUCCCCGAGACGGCGAGGAUGAAGGAGGACCCUACCGCGCCGGCGAGGGAGCACGGCAACGAGCCCUCGAGGGGCGCCAAGAUUGACGCGAAGAUUCAGCAAGAGGAGCAGGCCGAGCUGGAGCGCAAGGGCAAGGCAUAG